AUGAGUGGUCUGAUGCACCACUUGGACUACCAGCAAACCAGCAAACCUUCGUCGAACACGAAGCUUCUCUGUACACAUACCGCAUGGAAGCUAUAUCUGCUCGGACUCAGUAGGCAGGCUGACUCCAUGUGCGUAUACGUGUGUCUCUGCGUCUAUCAGCAUGUGUUCUUCACCGCAGGAGCCUCUAGAAGACCAAGCCCUGCGGUCUGUGGUUCUGAUACAGGUGUGAGGGUUGAAACUCUGUUCUCCAUGGACGCAGUGAGUGCUCAGGACCCUGGCAUGGUAUAUAUGUCGCCUCUCGCUGCCAUACAUCCUCACACUCACAGACACAUCCUUUUUUUUACGACUCUACGGGAGACAGGCACUACAAUGGUGAUGCACAGCCGAGUCGACAAGAUCGUGUCUUCUGUUGAACAUUGUUCUAUUGUGGCCUCUAUAGAAUCACGUUUCUCCCUGCAUCACUCAGAUCUUGCUGGCGAUAGAGAAUGCCGCGACAUCGAUCCCAUACCCAGGACGACUACACCCGACAGCGGCUACAUCUCAGAGCUUGAAGAACCUGCAAAGCCAUUCGUGGGUGUCGAUCGUGGUUCUGACGGUUUCGAGCCCACGAAUGCUCCGCGUAUAUUCGCAUUCGUGGUGGCCGUCAACGAAUACCACUCUCCGAGUGUCCCUAACUUGUCGGGAUGCAUCAACGACGCUCAGGAUUUCAUGGACUACUUGAAACAUGUCCUCGACGUACCGACGCCUAGGAUUUCGAAACUGAUCAACGGAGAGGCCACCCGUUCCGCUAUUAUCAACGAGUUCAAGGCCCACUUCUGGAACAAUCCGGACAUUCACCACGGCGAUGCUCUCAUCUUCUUCUUCUCCGGGCAUGGCAGUUAUGCUCAGCUCAUUUGCCCGUACGACUACAUGGACGAGGACAAGAACGAUGACAAGUACGGGAUAUCUGACCGAACGCUUGACGGGCUUAUGCGGAUAUUGGCGGACCGCAAGGGUGACAACAUCACGGCUAUCCUCGACUGUUGCCACUCUGGAGGGAUGGCAAGGGAGCUAGAUCCCCGGGCCGCGAGGGCGACCUCUCUGUGCCAGGAGAUAUGGGGCCAUCACACAUCGGACCGAGCUGUAUCUUGGGAAGUCCCAUCAGCAUACAAGGCGACGUCAUCAUACAUCUUGUUGGCUGCGUGUCGCGCCACUGAGAAAGCCAAGGAAAUGCGUUGCUCGUCCGAUUCACCUGGAGCCGGGAUGCCAGAGAACGUCCGCGGUGUAUUUUCCGCCAACCUGAUCCAGACACUACGCACCAUGGGGAGGGAGCGGUUAGAGGCGCUCACGUAUGCGCGUUUGAUGGACGAUCUUCCGCGUCGCGCGAUCCACUCACUCCCUUCGCUCCUUGAGCAACAUCCGCAGUGCGAUGGCACCCACAGUGAUAGGGUGCUCUUCAGCACGCGUCGACUUCCCGAUGCCCCCGAUUCAUUCAUCCUGAUCAGACAUGGGGACACUUGGCACGUGCGAGCCGGGACAAUUCAUGGGAUUACCAAGGGGACGCAGUUCGCUUUACCUCCACCACUUUCGGGUAUACAAGCAAAAGGUGGAGUGAUAUUCGAGGCGGAGAAUGUGUGGCCAACGACAUGCGAGGUGCCGUGCCGCUCGGCCGGUGUAGAGUUCGACUCCUCGAUCCCUCAACGAGUGGUCGUCACACACUGGAACCAGCCAAUUUCGCUCGCCACGCGCGUGUAUGUCCGUCGCACCCCCGGGGACGAUGGUCUUGCUAUCAAUACCAGGGCGCUCUAUCGAGUGACGCAUGACGAGGACGCCUUCGACCUAACACUAGAUGCCAUUCCGGGUGGUUGGCGUAUCGAGAGGUUCGAUCCACUCGUCACACGUUUCUUCGGCAGCAGGCGCGUUUUGGAGGUUGCUGGCAGGUCGUCGGCGCAUGCAACAGGCGUUCUGGACGCGAUUUCCCGUUUCAACUUCCACCUAUAUCGGUCCAAUGUGGACGUUGCGGUUGACAAGGAACUCCGCCUAACCGUCCAAAUGCACGCUCUGGAGGAAAUGGUGGAGACGGUCUGCGAGGCAUGGGAGCAGUCUCACAGUCGUCUCGGCCGAGGAGAAGAGGUCGUCCUUCGCACUGUGCAGGGCAUGACAUCGCUUUACUGCCACAAAACCGAUGCUAGUCGCUGCUCGGGGAAUAUUGAUGGCCAAAAGUGGGCCGAUCCUCGUCACUUCCAUAUCCCAAAGCCUGUGGAGGAGGCCAUGAUAACGAACUUUGAUCGCCAAUACGGCUUCACGCUGGUCAACAAUUCGAGCAUCGAUCUCUUUCCAUACGUGUACUUCUUUGAUCCGAGUACUUACGCUGUCAAGGAGCUGUUUUCACCUCGAUGGGGCACCUGUGAAGCACCUCUUCCAGUCAAAGGCCACAUUUGUAUUGGCUAUGGCGGAUUUGGUACCAACCCUCUACGAUUCACGCGGCCGGAAACCCAUUCUGAUAACGCAGUGGGCUUCCUCAAGAUAUUCGUCUCCACGUGCUACGUCGAGCUGAACAUCGAGCAGCCACCCCUAUUCGACCCACCGGAAAAGGCGGUGCAUCUAGGCCACAUUCCUAUGUGUGAUCCACCGGCCAGGGCAGCACAUCUUGGCCACAUUCCUAUGCAGGACAACUGGAAUUCGUGGACCUACGUCUUGACGUCACAGGCGACAAAAGACCCAUGACGGUGAGGUCACCCUCUUCCACGGCCAUGUGUAUUUGUACUGGUACCACGUCGCUAUAAGUCUGCCAUUCGUGAUGGACUAGUAUCUGUAGUUUUAUGGUCCCAUCGCUUGUCAAAGACAUGCCACAUGCAAUGGAAAAGGUGUUGGUAACGGAGCACCGCGUCAAGGCUUCUGGGC